GUAAGCGCACGCACGUGUUGGCCACAUUGGUCGAGUCCUCACAAAUAAUUUGCUCGCUAUAUAACAGCAGGUCGGGCGCGGCGGCUCGUAGUGCUGCACUGCGCCGGCGGCUAAAUUAAGCCCGACCUCGCGCGAGAUGCGCGCGCGACCGUACGCCUCGCCCGCCCCGCGCUCCUGCUCAUCCAGAACUCCCACAUAUUAUAUUAUAUCAACGAAUUUUCCGACCGCAUCUCAAACGAAUUGGCAGUUUUCGAAUUUCCCGCUCAUACCUAGCGGCUAGCAUGUUUGUGAAGUGAUCUGAGUGAUUUGUUUUGUGGAGAAGCCAAAAUGAAGUUCUCUGUAGACGUCUUGGGCGUCUUCCUCAAAGUAGUGAUAAAGAUCAACCGAGAGACGUUCGCGCCUCUGGUAGUGUCGGCACUGUUCAUCGUGCUGACGUCGCUGCUGGCGCACGCCGCCCGAUCUGCCGCCCGCCGCCUUGUAAAAGAUGCCUUUCUGCGGCUGCUGCUCGAGGAGGCCAUCGCCGCCGCCGAGCUCUGCGGAUGUUGCUUCGAACUAAUCAUUGUGGCGGACAACUUUGGUGUAGCAACGUAUGCGGUGUUCCUGUUCGUACUGACGUGCUGGUGGGCGCUGAGCUGGGGCGAGGCCACCGCCUGCCCCUACACGCAUCUAGAGGACGUCAUCGAAGGAAAGUGCGAUAUCCGCGCGGCAUUGCUGAAGACGUGGGCGGAGCUGGGGGGCGGGUUGCUGGUGUUCAAGUACGUGCAGAUGUACUGGGCGCUGGAAAUUUCCGACACGCAUAAGGACCGCGCCUACCAGGAGUGCACCGCUGACUUGCAGGUGCCGGCGCUGUACGGCGCAGUGGUGGAGGGCGCGGCGACGUGCCUGUGCCGGCUCACCUCGCGUGCGCUGGCGGACCUCAGCCCGCGCUUCGCCACCGCCAUCGACGCCUUCAUCGGCACAUCACUCGUCGUCGCUGGCGUGGUGGCUCGGGACGCGGUGCUCGAGUACCGCUACGAAGACACCGCGCCCGACGCCGACCUCAGCGUCUCCCUCCUUUGCAAAGUACAAUUAGGAAAAGCCUUUGACUACUCGGGGGGCUAUUUCAAUCCGGUGCUGGCGACGUCGCUGAAGGCGGGGUGCGCGGGACACUCGCUGGCGGAGCACGCGGCGGUGUACUGGGCGGGCGCGGGCGCGGGGGCCGUGCUGGCGCUCUACCUGUACCGAGUGCCGGUACUGCAGCGGCUGCUGCGCUGCUCCGGCACAGUCACGGCCAAUGGGGACUCCUUCUGGCCGGACAAAGAGGACUAACACGAGCGCAAACUAUCGUUAAUAUUGCUAGUCAAAUUGUCAGGGUUGCAAGAUUUCUUGUAUUUGUAAUUGUUUAUUUAUUUUAAAAACCAAAGUUCGGAAACCUAUUUUAUUUUAGAAUGACGUUACAAUUUCUACUCACCACUGUUUAUUCGAUAAUUUUAUAAUAAACUCUUAAAAUCAACUAAAACAACUAAAACCAACGAGAUUAUAAUUCUAAUAAGAUAAACUUUUACUCUCAAAGAUAAUGUGUAAGCGAUGUCAUGUCGUGGUGGUAUCAAGGU